AUGAGCGAACGGAAGUAUUGGGAAAUCACUGAAAAUGACGUUUACGUUCAGGUAUUUCGAGAGAUGCUCGAAGAAUUAGACCUCACAUUCUUCAAAAAAGAUAUUAUUGAUAGUUAUAAAAGCCUGAGCCUUCAGGGCCAGUAUGUUGUGACUCGGCUCUACUAUCGAUCGGCAAAAUGGCUGCGACAAUCGGAUUUGGAGAAAUAUUUACCGCCCGACGAGCUUAAAGGCGUCCUGGAAGAACUUGUACAAAAAAACUGGUUGUUAAGUGAGCCGGAUCUGGACAUUUACUUGGAGGUGGCCACAGUGAAAGAGCUGCAGGCGGUGGCUGUGGAGUUCAAUAUCAAAAAGGCAAUGUCUAGACCACAAUUGGUUGCUGCUCUAGAGGAAUUGUGUAAACGAAAAACCUUUUUUGGCCCACCGCUUCGGCCAAAGGUCACGUUGAAACUUAAAGGUGCUGUAUCAUCCUUGUAUUUAUUGAAUGAAGGCAUGUCAUCGACACUAGCUUUGGUUUCGUUCAUGUUCCUGGUUCCUGCUCAAAUAACAUUGGAUGUGGUGGUAAGAACCAACAUGAAGAUGAUAAAAUUUCGGCAAUAUGACUAUUUGACACAAAAAGAAGCACCUAUCUUUGAAUCGAAACACGACUUUAUCGAUUACUAUGAAGCGCGAGUUUUGUGUGAUCCGCUUGAAGAAUCAGCCUCCUCGUGUACACAAGAACUAAUUGAGGUAGUGAGACUGAAGAUCAAAUCUACAUCACCCAGAAAUGGUCCUUUUUCCGCAGCAUACGUUUACGGACGUGCACUUGCACUGGUUUCAGAAUGUUUAGGAAAAGCCGGAAAGUUUCAAGAGGAGUAUCAAAUGAUUCAAGAAUAUUUUGAGCAGGAAAUUCAUAAAUCACGAAAAUCGUCACUUAUUAUUCGAAAGCUGAAUCUGGAGCUUAGAUUUUUCAAAGAGCUGCAAGACACCAGCUGGUUACUCAAGGCCAUCAACACUUAUUACGAUGCAUCGGGCAUUGUGAACAGUAUUUAUGCUUUUGAUUUAUCUCGUAAGGCGGUGAGAAUGUCAAGAGAAAUUGAAAAAGUAGGUCUCUCUGUUCCUCCUCUAGAGCUUUCCAAGUUUGAACAAUUGCCCACAAACUUGUUGGAAGCUGAACAGCUCGAACUUUUGCCUGGCCAAGGCGUACGUACGCGGUGGGGCCAGGAAGGAGCAUCCAACACUGUUGAAGAAACUGCACUUAUUCACUAUGCUGAUUAUGGCUGGGCUGGCGGACAUUAUGAGGGCGGAAUGAUUUCCACACUUUUCUGGCUAGCAUUUCAUGAUAUAAUAUUCAGUGACAAAACUCAGUUUCGGUGCCGAUUUCAUAACCGGCCUCUCAAGUUACAGUCAGUUUUGGAUACCAACAAAACUAAAAUUGAAAAACGGGUCACUGAUAAUCUCAAAGAGACAAUAAUCAACUCGUUCAAAACGUUGUACGAAUUACAGCCUAAUGUUGGUGGUAUUAAUUGGAACAUUCCUCUUGAAGGUAUCGAAGCAGUAAUCGAUGGUCUAGGCAAUGCACUUGGUGCAAUCCUUCUCCGCUUAGCAGAAUCCUAUUACACUUACAACUCUGGAUUCCCUGAUCUGACGCUAUGGAAAACUGAAGAGCCGGAAUGCAAAUUUGUGGAGGUAAAGUCCACAAAUGACACCAUAAGUGACAACCAGUACGUCUGGAUUCAGUUUCUGUCAGGACUGGGAAUUCCCGUUGAAAUUUGCAAGAUCAGAGGCAAAAGAAAACGGGAGUAA